GUGAUCUCAUUACCUCCUCUCACUUCAUCAACAAUAAUAACAACAGCAACGACAGAAAUAACAUCAACAGCAUAGUUUAAAUUCUGCCAUUUAACUAUCUGACUACAGAUUAUUUGAUUUACUUACCCUUGACCACCAAUUCUCAACCCACCAUGCGCUUCCGCUAACACAAUGCCGCCAUCCCGCCCAAUGCGUCGCCGCCGAUACGGCGCCCAGCCGGCCGUUGCGGCGAUCCUCCUCGUCACCAUAAUAGCUGCCCUUGCGCUGUUCCAGUCAACAAAGUCGGGAAUCAUCGGCAACGGUCAUCGGCAGACCCGCUCCGUACUCAAUCCCCGUGGGUUGCACGAGACUGACGCCGACUGCCGCAACGUGCAUGAUGCCGCCGACCAGUGCGCCUUCAUCCUAGCCAACUGCGAAGACGACGAGGCCGGCCUGAUCCAUUACCUGUCGUUUUAUUACUGCACUCUGGGCUCGGCCAAGCCCGUCGCUUUCACCAUCCUCGCCCUCUGGCUUGGCCUGCUGUUCACCACCAUCGGCAUCGCCGCCAGCGACUUCUUCAGCGUCAACCUGAGUACGAUUUCCAGUGUGCUGGGUCUGAGCGAGAGUCUGGCCGGCGUCACUUUCUUGGCCUUUGGCAAUGGCUCCCCGGAUGUGUUCAGUACCUUCGCCGCCAUGGGCUCCAAUAGCGGGAGCAUGGCCGUUGGCGAGUUGAUCGGUGCUGCGGGCUUCAUCACCGCCGUCGUGGCUGGCUCCAUGGCCUUGGUGCGCGAGUUCAAGGUCAGCAAGAGAACCUUCGUGAGGGACAUUGUCUUCUUUAUCGUUGCCAUCAGCUUUACCAUGGUCUUCUUGGCCGACGGGGAGCUGCACCUCUGGGAGUGCUUCACCAUGAUUGGCUUCUACCUAUUCUAUGUGGCGGUCGUCGUGGGGUGGCAUUGGUUCACGGCACGCCGGAGGAACCAGCGAAAGAGGGAUCUAGCGGCUCGCGCCCACCUCUACGACGCCUCCGGCCAUGGCACCGACGAGCUGGAACCUUACCGAGAUGAGCCGGAUGAGGACGACGCUGCGCCGGUCGGCAGCCGUACAAACAGUGCUUCGGACCUGGGGGAUGUCAGUAUAUUGGAACGUGGACCGCGGAUCGAGAUUGGAGGGGUACCGGCCGUCGACGACGACGACGACGAGGAACAGAAGGGGAGACACGUUGCUGCCGAAAUGGCUAACAGCAUGCGCGUCAACCGGCCCCGCUGGGGACGAAGCAACUCCACCAUCACUCCGAUUAGGCCGAGUUUGCUGGGAGCACUCGAGUUCAGAUCGGUCCUGUCCUCCUUGCAGAAGGAAAGGAAUAUGUACCUGGGCCCGCUCCCUGGAAGGUCGAAUUCGACCCAGCACCCCCCAGCCACGGCCGGUCUGGAAGAUCCCAGAGGUCGCCCUCGUAACCAAACGAUGCCAUCGCAUGUCCCUCUUGUGAGAGAGCGUGCCUUGUCGUACGGAAACGAGCCACUGAACCUGGAUAAUAAUACCAGGUUUGCCCGCCCCGAUUCCUCUCCCAUGUCGCAUACGCGGAACAGCUCGGCUGCUCGCACUAUCGACGGAAUGCUUGCGCCGCCGCUUGGCUCCGUCCCUGGCCCCGAUCAUGGCUCUCAGCCGCCGAAGCAGGGCCAGCAGUUACUGCAGAUCAGGAUUCCCUCCCCGAGCGGUCGUUCCAGUGGGCAGUCAUCUCCCACCCUCUCGCCUUUCCCGGGCCUGUCAGAGUCGCCCGCAGCCCUUACCCCGGUACAUGAAGCACCCACAUUUACGUUCCCGGUUCCGGCGGAAUCGAGGCAGCAUCACUCCGUCCCUGAUCUUGGAGACCAGGAAGAACAGCCGAAGCCAGUCAAAUGGUGGCCAUACAGCUUGUUGCCGGCACCUCACGUUCUCCUUGCCACCGUCUUUCCGACUCUCCAAGGCUGGAAGGAAAAGACGUGGUGGGACAAGGCCGUGAGCUUAAUCUCGGUUCCAAGCAUCUUCCUCCUAGUCGCUACGUUGCCGGUAGUGGAAACCGACAAUGAGGACAAUAUGUCCGAGGCCGACCUCGCGGACCCACCAGAACCCGGCCGCCCCGGAAACAUCGCCCCGGCGGUCGUGGUAGAGGAGAGCGGCGAGAUCCAACCCGAGACCGAGUGGCAGGCGUACCGACGGCGCACCCGCUCCGUCUCGUCUAGAUCUCCACUCAGCCGAUCCCCGUCCUCGGUCUCCCUCAACACCAACGCCAACACCGACCCACCACCCGACCAGCCCUCGGAUCAACUGCCCUCCCUCACCCUCCCCGUCCCGCAGCUACCCAAACACCCCAGCCCGGGCUCGGACCACUCCACCACCAUCACCGCCACCUCCAACCCCCCGCCAGGCGGCUGGAACAGGUGGCUCGUCGCCGUCCAACUUUUCACCGGCCCCCUCUUCGUCGUAGCCAUCCUCUGGGCCAACACCGCCGACGAAACCGGCUCACCAGUCCGCACGCUACUCCGCAUGCUGCUCUACUCCCUAGUAUUCUCCCUCUGCCUCCUCGCCGCGCUCCUAGCCACCACCACCCCGCACCAAAAGCCGCGCUACCACUUCCUGCUCUGCUUCCUCGGCUUCGUCAUCUCGGUCGCGUGGAUCUCGACCAUCGCGGGCGAGGUGGUCGGCGUGCUGAAAGCGCUGGGCGUCAUCCUCGGCAUCUCGGAGGCGAUCCUGGGGCUGACGGUGUUCGCGGUGGGCAACUCGCUCGGCGACCUCGUCGCCGACGUCACCGUCGCCCGCCUCGGCUACCCCGUCAUGGCCCUCGCCGCCUGCUUCGGCGGGCCCAUGCUCAACAUUUUGUUGGGUGUGGGGAUUGGUGGUGCGUGGAUGGGGAUUAGUAAGGCCAAGAAGCGCCAGCGCGCGCACCCCGGGAGUGAGCUGCGCUAUAAGCCGUACCGGGUUCGGGUCGGGGGGUCGUUGAUGAUCUCGGCGGUUACCGUGCUGUUGACGUUGGUGGUCUUGCUGAUUGUCGUGCCGUCUAACGGGUGGGUCAUGAGUAGGCGCAUCGGGUGGCUGUUGAUUGGGAUUUGGACGGUGGGGACGGUGGUCAAUCUGGUGGUGGAGAUGACGGGGACGUUUGCGGACGUGUCGUUGGGGGUGUGAGAGAGCUUUUUUCCCCUCCGCUGCUGCGCACACGGGAAAGCACGGUUAUGCGGCCGUGUCUCGUGUGCUUGCAUGGCAUAA